AUGGCAGCGUCGAGCAGCGCAGAGCAAACGCAGUUGCAAGAUAUGGAGGAGGAAGAUGCAGGAAUGGAGGAGAGAGAGAUGGAAUCGGACGAGGAUGAGGAGGAGGGCAUGGGAGUAGAAAAUUCAGACGACGAAGAGGACGAUUCGUCAGAAGAUGAGAAAGAAAAUGAAGCCGAAAUUCAACGGCUGGAGGAGCAGCUGUCAAUCAACGCUUUUGACUACAACUGCCAUGUAGAUCUCAUCAAACUGCUGAAGCAGGAGGGAGAGCUUUGCCGUCUGCGGAAAGCAAGGCAGAAGAUGAGUGAACUUUUCCCUCUCACUGAAGAGAUCUGGCUAGAUUGGCUCAAGGAUGAGAUCCGUCUGACUGAAGAGGAGUCAAACCGGGAGAAAGUCUAUGAACUUUUUGAGAGAGCUGUAAAAGACUAUAUCUGUCCAGAUAUCUGGCUGGAAUAUGCUCAGUAUUCUAUUGGUGGCAUGGGCUCACCAGGUGGGAUAGACAAGGUGAGAUCCAUCUUUGAGAGAGCUGUGACCGCUGUGGGGCUUCACAUGACCAAGGGACAGAUGAUGUGGGAGGCGUACAGAGAGUUUGAGAACGCCAUUCUGUCCACAGUACAGCCUCCCCCUGGCAGGAUUCCCAGCCGUGAGGAGCAGGAGCUGCUAAACACUCAGCUUGAGCGAAUCCAUACUCUGUUUCGCCGCCAGCUGGCCAUUCCUUUAAUGGACAUGGAAGCCACGUAUGCAGAGUAUGAGGAGUGGUCUGAACAUGGGGUGGCUGAGAUGGUCAUACAUCACUACAAAAAGGCUUUGCAGCAGAUGGAGAAGUGCAAACCUUUUGAAGAGUCACUGCUGGCUGCUGAACCUCCUAAGCUGGCAGAGUAUCAAACCUACAUCGACUUUGAACUAAAGGAGGGUGACCCAGCACGGAUCCAGAUAACCUUUGAGCGGACUCUUGCAGAGAACUGCCUGGUUCCAGACAUGUGGGCAAAAUACACCACCUAUCUUGAUCGUCAGCUGAAGGUCAAAGACUUGGUUCUCUCCACUCAUGAACGUGCUGUCAGGAACUGCCCCUGGACCAUGGGUCUGUGGAAGAGCUAUGUACUUGCACUAGAGAGGCAUGGAGCGGACCAUCAGACUGUCUCAGAUGUUUUUGAAAAGGCGCUGAAUGCAGGUUUUAUUCAAGCGACAGAUUAUGUGGAGAUUUGGCAGGCGUACCUGGACUACCUGAGGAGGCGUGUGGACUUCAGUAAAGAAUCAAGUAAAGAGUUAGAGGAGCUACGUGGGGCUUUCUCUCGAUCUCUAGACUACAUGAAACAGGAUGUUGAAGAAAGGUUUGGUGAAAGUGGAGAUCCUUCUUGUAUCAUAAUGCAGAUCUGGGCAAGGAUAGAGGCCCUCCACUGCAAGAACAUGCAAAAAGCCAGAGAACUGUGGGACAGUAUCAUGACAAAAGGCAAUUCCAAAUAUGCCAACAUGUGGCUGGAGUACUAUAACCUUGAAAGGUCUUAUGGAGACCCUGCUCACUGUCGGAAAGCUCUCCACAGAGCAGUUCAGUGCACCUCAGACUACCCUGAGCAUGUGUGCGAAGUCCUGCUCACCUUCGAGAGGGUGGAAGGUUCUCUGGAGGACUGGGAUGCAGCAGUGCAGAAGACAGAGACCCGUCUGAACAGGGUUAACGAGCAACGAGCAAAGGUGGCUGAGAAAGAAGCCACCAUGGCUCGCCAAGAGGAGGAGAGAGCUGAUCAGCGGCGGAAGGCCAAGUCAGACAAGAAGGCUCAGAAGAAGGUCCAGAAGGGAACUCGAGCUGGGGAGAAGAGGAAAGCGGAGCAGGAUGAUUACCACGACGAAUGGAAUGAGGACUCUGAACAAGCUCCUAAAAGGCACAGAGGAAAUGGGGACCAAACCACAGAGGAGUACAUGGAGACCGAGUCAGGAGUCUUUGGGAGGAACGCUCCCCCUGGCGCUAAAAAGGCCCAGCAGGGAGUUGCGACGGCUGCCCAGAGACACAACGACGACAAGCCAGAGCUUCGCAACAAUAAGAGCAGCGUUUUCAUCAGCAAUCUGGCAUACACGCUGGAGGAGCCAGAGGCAAAGCUCAGGACACUGUUUGAGGCCUGUGGUCCCAUCAACCAGAUUCGCCCUGUCUUCAGCACCAAAGGGAACUUCAAAGGCUACUGCUAUGUACAGUUUGAAUCUCCAGUCUCUGUCCCUGAAGCCCUGAAGCUAGACAGGCGGGAGGUGGAGGGCAGGCCCAUGUUUGUGUCACCUUGUGUCGACAAAAACAAAAACCCUGACUUUAAGGUGUUUAAAUACAACACAUCCAUGGAGAAACAAAAAAUCUUCAUCUCUGGGCUGCCGUUCUCGUGCACUAAAGAGCAACUGGAGGAAAUCUGCAAAAUUCACGGCACCAUCAAAGAUGUUCGUCUGGUCACGUAUCGCUCAGGAAAACCCAAGGGUCUGGCAUAUGUUGAGUUUGCAGAUGAAGCUCAGGCUUCUCAGGCGGUUCUGAAAAUGGAUGGUAUGGACAUGGAAGGCAACAAGAUCGCUGUUGCUAUAAGUAACCCUCCUCGCAGAAACACAAUGGAUAAACCUGGUUCCAGCAGGCCCACGGCAGACAUGAUGCCUCGCCAGGUCUACGGAUCGAGAGGAAAAGGACGCACCCAGCUCUCACUACUGCCUCGUUCCCUGCACCGACAAAGUGGGCCUGUAAGCAAAGUGGAGAACGGGACUGCAGCUGAGCAGGCAACAGCCAGCGCAGCAGCGAACGCAGCUGGGGACACGAAACCUUUGUCAAAUUCAGACUUUGCCAGGAUGCUUCUCAGAAAGUGAGAAGAUGAGCGAGAGAUUUCCGCCUUCACACUGAAAGCCAUCUUGUGUCCUUACAAAUUAGUGUUGGUGAUUUUCCUGUAAUUGGUUACCUGGCCUCCCUUUAAUCUUGUUCUCAUCAUCCGUUCUGCGAGAUUGCCUUAAUUGCCAAGCUCCUGCCCUCCAUCACAAACCCUUUUCAACUAAGACUUUUCUCCAGUGUGACAGUGUGUCCUCCGUUCGGUUAGUCUGAAGGUGGCUGGCAGGCGCUUUUCUUUUUUCUUUUUUUUUUUUUUAAUAAAAAGUGUAUCAUAUUUGUGUGUAAAUAUACCGUAUCUAAAAUUGUACGCCUCAUGUUGCAAAGUGUCUUCUUUUGUUGUAUAAUGUGAAAGGGAUCUGAGUGAGGCAUCUGGGAGAGUAUUUUUUUAGAUAUUCAAAACAGCCAAACUUGUGAACGUUGUUUUAAAAAGGUGAUAUGCAAGUGUGUGUGCGUGUGUGUGUGUGUGUGCGUGUGUGUUUUGCAGUGAUGAAGACAUUCUCCAGAUGUUUUUAGGAAACCGAGGAUUUUGUUGUAACUUAUUUUGACCUCUUUGAGGACACAGCUAACAAAGCUAGCAGUGAUUUUCUGACUGUGUAGUGCAACUAAAACAUUUUUACAUAUUAUCAUCUCUGAGUUACCAUCUGCUGUUAAUUGUCAGUAUUAUGAAGCUAUGGACUGCCCUUAGAGGGUCCAGCAUAUGUCACUGGCUAAAUCUUGGCCUGAGGGCAUGUUAUUACAGUAUGAGAACUGCCCCAGUGUCAUGUCACUACCUAUGCUCGAUAUCAGUUACAGUAUUUACAGAACUGCUUUAAGUAUAAGGUCUCAUCACUUUCAUCACUGUUAAUGUGAACUGUCUGUUCGUGGUGAAAACAUCAAAUCGCUGAUGUUGGUUUCAGAUAUCAGUUUGAGUUGUGUACUGUGGACCGAAAGACGUUCAGAGGCAAAUGAACCACAUUCUUUUCGCCUUAUGAAACGCAAAGAAUGCACACAAGCAGGGCAUUAACGAUGCUUAAGAAACGUGUCUGAUCGGAUGCUUUGGUGGCCAGACACGCCCCAGACUAAUGUGUCUGUACUCUGGUUUAGAAAAAGUGCUUGAUCUUUGGCUUGGCAUGAAAACUCAUUUGCCCAUCAGUGUAGAGCAACAAGGAUUUGUCAAUCAACAGAAAAUUUCCAGCGUUUCAGAUGUGUUUGCUUUUCCUUCUCUUACAUUAUGGUAAAGUGAUUAUAUUUGGGUUUUAGACUGUUGAUGAAACAAAACUAGACAUCUGAUGGCAUCACCUUGGGCUCCAGGAAACUUGAUGGGCAUUUCUCAGUUUUCUCAGGUUAUGUAGACAAUUGAGGAAAAGAUUGGCAGAUUAAAUCCACUGAUCAUAGAGAAGAUAUGGAUUAAUUUAAGAUGAUAGAAAGAGAACAUGACCAGAAAUGUGAGAAAGUACAUGUGGAACUCUUGUUUAUGCAUUGUACAAGUAAAUCCUUCAAAUGUUACAAACUGAAAUCUGAGUUUUAUAAAUGUGGUUUGGAUCUGGUUUGUUUGGUAGAGUUGGUUUCACCCUCUGAAUGAACUCUGUGUAUGAGGAGUCACAGUUAGCUGGCAGCUCGUCAGUAUUCUGGGCUGUUGCCGUUAUCUACACAUUAUUUAGGUCUGCAGCUCCUUCUACACAACAGAAGAGAAUCUAUGCAGUUUUCCCUUUCCUGUUUUCCCACAUAAGGGUCAAACAUUUGUCUUGUUUGGAUAUUAAUGCUUCUGUUUAAUGUACAUAAUGUUGAGUAUAAUAUUUCAAAUAGGUCACUAUAGUUUGUAAUAAAUAUAAAUCUAAGUUUUCAAAACAGAUGGAAUACAAGCUAUAUGUAUUGCUCUCACCACAGUGGCCUAAUCUGAAAGAAAAAAAAAAAUCUAAAUACGUUGGUCUCUAGAAGUCACCCGUUUUAUGUUCAGUACUAAAAAGGUGAUAUAUGUGCAUUGCUGUUGUUUUGUAUCAUUUCUAUAGUCAAUGUUUUGAAUUUGGUAUAGAGGUAAAUAAUAAAUGGCUAUUCUUUGUUCACAGUAUUUAUUUUCCUGCUUGUUUCAUUAUCUACCCUUGUGUUUAGGGUCCUGUAAAAAAAAAAAAAGAAAGUCAUUUGUUGUUUUAAUAAAAUCAUGUAAAUCAUCUUUCAUU